AUGGAGGUGUCGUCUCACAGCCUCUUCCUGCUGCAGCAGCUCAACGUUCAGAGAGAGUUUGGCUUUCUUUGUGAUUGCACCGUCGCCAUUGGAAACGUCUACUUUAAAGCUCACCGAGCUGUGCUGGCCGCCUUCUCCAACUACUUCAAGAUGAUCUUCAUCCACCAGUCCAGUGAGUGUAUAAAGAUCCAACCUACAGACAUCCAGCCAGAUGUCUUCAGCUACCUGCUGCACAUCAUGUACACUGGCAUGUGUCCCAAACAGCCGGUGGACCAGAGCCGGCUGCAGGACGGCAUCAAGUUCCUUCACGCCUACCAGCUAUGCCGGAAACCCGGCGAGGGCGCUGCUGAUGCUGCCACUGAUGUGGUCCGCAUGUCCAACCUGUAUGGUAUCCAGAUCUCCUCCCAGCUGGCCAACAAGGAGGCAGGCGCAGUUCCCAAGACCACCUCAGUGUCCCGCGGGGCCCCCGAGGAUGGACGGUCUUCAGGCCGGGGGGGACGGUCCCACUCCCAGUUGUCCCUAGCUGUCGGGCUGGAAGGGGUCCCUUCAGACCAUCAGUCCUCAGCACUACGCAACGUCUGCUCCGUGGCAUCCGGAGAUGACUCGGACAUCUCGACUCGCAUCAAGCAGGAGCGGGUGGACGAGGAGGAGGACGGCGAGGGGGAGGAGGGUCCAGGGGUGGGGUCUCCAUCUCAGAGCAGCAGUCCCAGUCAGGGCCUCUUGUUCAAAGACCGGCCCCUGGUCCUGCUGUGUCCCCGCUGUGGAGAACGCUGCUCCUCGCCUGAAGGCCUGCGGGAGCAUCUGUUCAGCCACGCCCUCGACCCCACUCGCCUGAUGGAGGGACUUUCGCAGGGUGGCGAGCUGGACACCGGCGUGGAGGAGGGGCCGCCGGGGGCCCAGGAGCAGCUGGACGCAGGAUGCCUAGAGGAGGCGCUGAGGCAGAGCCAGGCGCUUGCCAACCAGCUGGCUGCUGAACUGAGGAGGAGCCGGGGCGGAGGUGGCGGGGGAGGAGGUGGGAGUAGCCCCACCCCCGCCGUCCUGCACUCACGCAAACGUAAGAUCGCCUGCGCCGUGUGCAGCCUGCGCUUCUCUCACAAAAGUCAGCUGCAGGAGCACAUGUACACCCACACCGGCAAGCCGUCUCGCUACCACCGCUACAACCGCCUCUGCAGCCAGCUCUUCCAGGCCUCCGCCCACUUCUGUGAGGGCGCCGCGGAGGCCGGGGGUGGGGUUGGGGGCGUGGCCUCGGCCGGCGCCCCCACUGCGCUAUCUGAGGAGGCCAACAGGGACACUCAGGACAACGGCAGCUCCUGCUACUCCCUGGACUCUGAGAUCUCCCAGGAGAGCGUGGAUGGCGUGCCGGUCGAGUGA